AUGCCGGGCGUCAAGAGGAAGUCAGAGGCUUCGACCUCGACGCCCUCGUCUUCCAAGCACACAACAAGUCCAUUGGCAAGGUCAAGACUACAAGCCACUCCGACUUCUUCACGGAACGGCAAGUCAGCCAAGGUCUACAUGGACGACAGCGAUAACAAUGACGACUUUGACGACGAAGAGGAUCUGCUUGACUCUGCUGUGCACGGCGUUGGCUCUGCGGCGCUGCCAGAUGCCUCAGACGACGAUGACGACGAAGAUGAAGAGGAGGAGGAUGACGACGUAGAGGAGGACGAUGAGGAGGAGGAGGUUGAAUCAGAGCAAUCAUCGCAAGGCGAGAUCGAGCUCGCGUCAGAUCAGGAAGACGACGAGGACGACGUAGAUAGUGACGAACAGGAGGAAGCUUUCGAUGGUGUGGAACGAUCCGAAGUAGAGAUCAUGUCGGACGAAGACAUGGACGGAGGAUUCGAAGAACUCGAAGCCGCAGAUGGCGACGAAGAUGCGCAAGUCUCAGCUUCACCCGAUGCUACCGCGUCUUCGUCGCGCAGACCAAACAAGAGCGCGCUGUACGCCGUCCCCACCCUCGCCGAGGUGCAAGGGCUCAAGGAAACCGGCGAGCUCUUCAAGAACAACGUCUUCAAGCUCAAGGUCGACGAGAUGCUUCCCGAGGUCCGCCCCGCCUACUCCAAAGCGAGCGCUCUCGAGACCGUCCUCCGCAGACUCCACCAGCUCUUCGAAACCCUCUCCCCCAUCGACCCCUUGCCCGUCGGUGACGCGAUUAAGAGCUUCCAAAAGCGCACGUCCGGUUCCAAAGUCCGCAUUCCUUUCCCGGACCCAGCACCCAAGACGGACGCCAACUACAAGCUCGGCUUCGAGAAGCCAUCCGCCAUGCACCUCGUCGGCAGCUGGGCCCUUAAGUCAGCAGCAAAGCGUCCUGACGGUAUCGACGUCGACAUCGCAGCCAUCAUGCCAGCAAGUCUGUUCCAGCCCAAGGACUAUGUCAACUUCCGAUACUUUCACAAGAAGGCGUUCUACCUUGCAGCACUUGCACACGCCAUCCAGACAGCAGAAGACCAGCACGACAUUCAUCUCGGCGUUACGGCUUCCUUCGCUCUCGUAGAUGCCGACCCAAGACGACCCGUCUUGGUGCUGCGACCGAUCCACGACAAGUCCGAGACCGACUUUUCCAAGCUCAAGUGCACCAUCCGCAUCCACCCUUCCGUAGAAGCCGACACGUUCAAGCCGAUCCACCUAGGUCCUUUGCGCAGCAAUGUGCGCGUCGCUGCUGUCGAUACCGAGUCUUCGACAGACGCCUCGUCGACCGCAGUCGCCGCUACGCCACGCUACAACGCAGCCAUCCUCGCCGAUACCCUGCAUCUCCCGCAUCUCGUCUACCUGCACACCGUAUCGCAAGCAUGUCCUGCAUUCGGCGACGCUUGUCUGCUGCUCAAGACGUGGGCGUUCCAACGCGGCUUCGGCUCCGGCGGUCGACUCAACCCCAAGCGCAGCCACAAUUCGGAGGAAGACCGCCGCAGACUUGUCGCCGGCACUUCCUCCCUCCGGUUCAUCCUCACCAUGAUCCUGGCGCACCUCCUGCAAGGCGAGGAGAAGCGCCCCGGCUGGAAGCGCGACACGACCAAUGCCGGACGCAGCAAGCUCGCCAACAGCUUUUCGAGCUACCAGCUCUUCCGCGGUGUCAUGGACUGGUUGGCCAAGCACGACUUCAAGGCCAGCCCGGUGUUUAUGAAAGCGAUGCCGGAAGCGGGGCUCGCGUCGAGGUCGGACAAGGUACCGCGGGAGGAUUUCAGCAAAGUGUUUGACCGCGUGCUGGUUGAACCCAGCGGCACGCUGAACCUGCUCGCUUUCGUCCCUACUGGAUCGGUGGAUUUGCUGCAGCACGAGGCGAGGAGGACGUUUGAGAUGCUCAAUGAUCCGAGUUCGGAUCACUUCGAUGCGCUGUUUCUGCAGGAUCGCACAGCCGCGCCGUUCACUUUUGACGAGGUGGCGCGCAUCGAACUGCCUUUGUCCACAAUCAAGUCGCAGAACCGCGCGGACAAGAACGGUGACGCAGCCGGCAUUUCCUCCUCCUCCGCCAUCCAGCGCGCUGACUUCGGCACAACGUUCCAAGCGGCGACGAUCCAAGUCAGCACCACUGCCUCUCGUGCACUGGAAGGACGAGCCAAGCUUGUUGCGCUCCUCCACCCUGCCACUGGUGGUUUGGCGGGCACAUGGCGACUCGACGGAGCCCGCCCUCCUGCCUCCAGCGAUGCCGAGAUUGGCCUUGUCCUCGACAACGAGCACGCCUUCCGGAUGGUCGAACACGGUCCGCCCUCUCAAGACGCCGAGGCGGCAGAAGCCUUCCGCGCUUUUUGGGGCAAGAUGUCCGAGCUGCGUCGCUUCAAAGACGGUCGAGUGCUCGAGAGUGUUGUUUGGUCCGUCACCACGCAAGCUUCGCGCUUCGCCAUCCCGCGUCGCAUCCUCUCCUAUGCGCUCUACCGCCAUCACGGGAUCCACGAGUCGGCCAUUAGAUUUGUGUCCAGCCACUUCGAGUCGCUUUUGGACAUCCCUUCCACCCUGGCACGCACCGCACACCUAGCAAGUACGGAGGAGAAGGGCUUCACACUGGUCCAAUCUGCAUUCGACCAGCUGUCCAAGGAUUUGCGUGCUCUCGAAUCGCUCCCGCUGUCCAUUAUCUCCGUCUCCCCUGCAUCCCCCGCCCUCCGUGGAACCAGCACUUUCAUCCCAGCACCGCUUAACCUCGACCUCCUCGGCACGCGCAUUCCCGACAGUGCAUCCUUCCUGCCCGUGCACGACAUCAUCCUCACCUUUGAAGGGUCGGGCAAGUGGCCGAACGACCUGGCCGCCAUUCAGGCGAUGAAAGCCGCCUUCUUCGAGCGCAUGGCGUUGGAAAUCAACAACAAGAUCGAGGGUGCCCGCUGCUCUGUCGUCUUUUCGCCUGCAUCCUCCAAGAUGGAGGACCAGUGCAGUUUGGAGAUCGUCUUGUCCAGCGGCUUCGCCUUUCGCGCGCGCGUCAUGCACAAUCGCGAAAAGCUGCUGCUGGAGCGCAUUCUAGCGGACAAAUUCGAAUCCGCCGGUGCCAAACGUCGUGCACGCAAGAUCCUCUUGGACUGGCAGAGGCGGUUCGAAACCGCACCUCUCCACCAUUCGUACAUCGCGUCGAUGGGGCAUCGAUUCGCGAGCUUCGCCGGGGCGGUUCGAUUGACGAAACGAUGGUUGGCGAGUCAGAUGCUUUCGUCGCCCGCGGUGCCGGAGGAGCUCAUCGAGCUCGUGUGCGCUGCGGCGUAUCUGUCGCCCGAGGAAGGUGCGCCGGUGUCGGCGGUAGCGGGGUUGUUGCGGAUCGUGAGACUGUUGGCCAACUGGCGGUGGAAGGAGGAGCCGUUGAUGGUGCCCAUUCAGGCAGUCAUCGAUGCAACCGAGGCGAGAGACAUCUACACCUUCCCUGCCGAGUCGCGUGCUGAAGUUGAAACAAACUUCGCCGCUGCGAGGGGGAGCGACCCGUCGAUGAUGCACCGCGCGUGGUUCGUUGCGACCGAAACGGAUCUCGAAGGGUUCGCUUUCGGUCGGACGGGUCCUGUAGGCGGAGUUGCUGAUGGCAUCAAGAAGCUUGCUCGUGCCGCAGUUGGUGUACUGGAAGAAGCAAGCUCGCUCGACGCCGACCAGGUCCUGGCGCUCUUCACGCCCUCGUUGGAGCACUACGACUUUGUCAUCCACUUGAAGGCAGGGGUGCUGUCGCGGUACAGCGAGAACGUGCGUGCUGACCCGGCGGUGUGGGGUGCCAAGCGGACAAAGUACGCCAACGACGCUGCGGGUUCCAUCCAGGCUGUCGACAGCGUGCUCGGCUCGAGCAUCAAGCCUGGGUUCGAUACGGCACAGGCGUUUUUGGAUUUGCUCAGGGGGUUGUAUAGCGACUCAUUCAGGCUGUACCACGACCAGCAUGGUGGAAGCGUCAUCGGUGGGUUAUUCAACCCAGCGUUGGGUCGCGAGCGCGAGUUCAAGGUCGGGCUUGGCUUCUCUUCGUGUCCUGCCGAAGAGUUCGGAAGCAAGAAGGUCGGCGUCAAGCUGAACAAGCCCGCGAUCAUGGCCGAGAUCGAGCGGUUGGGGGAAGGACUGGUGGAAAAGGUCGAGCUCAGGACCGCUUGA